UCUGAUUCCGAUUAGUUUGUUGUUCUGUGUGUGAACUCUAAUCCGAAUUUUUAUUUUAUUUUGGGAAAAUAAUACAUUUGGGUAUGGCUGACGGUGCAGGCUCUUGCGGUCCUGGGGGGGACAGAGGCAAAGGUCCCGUUAUCCCCAAAACCGCCAUUGAGCUGGCGAUUGAGAAGGAGGAAGCGGCUGCAGAAGAAAGCCGCAAGAGAAUUCAGAGAUUGAAGAGAGAAAAGGCUGAGGGAGAUAAAAAGUCUCAGGCAGAAGCCAGACGGGCAGUGCUGGCAGAGCAUUUCUUGUCCGCUGAAUCUGAUGACAUAUUCAACGACACCAACAAGAAACUGGCUGAGUGGAUCCGCUUGGAGUUCACGUCAAUCAGGGAUGCUCUCACUGCCUGGAUGGACCGAGCUGCUGCAUUAAAAGACCGCUUGACUACAGUAGAAGCCAAGCAGUCUUCUAUUGUAGAGUCACUGGAUCGAAUCGACCAACGUCUCACUACAUCUCUUACCUCUCCCCCUGUUCACUCAGUCAAACCCGAACUCAAACCGGUCUCUACUACGCCUACAACACCACACUCUUCGCCCAAAGGGAAACCUGCUUCCCCAAAGCAGCAAAUUGUCCCUGAGGACCUGAAACUUGGCGCUGGCAGUUCAAGCCAGCAGGAGCAGCGUUUCCCCAAGAUGAUGCAAUCUAACAAAUUCACUGGCGACGACGCCAAAGUGGAUGUGUCAGAUUGGAUCGCUUCAAUGAAGUCUUAUCUGAGGCGAUUCACCUGCCCAGAGGUCAACAAGGUGCAGUCCACUGUGGCCCUAUUAGCUGGGUCAGCAUUGAAGUGGGCGACCUCUGAGGCCACCAAGUCUCAGCAACAGUUAUCGGAUUGGGCUGUUGCACUGGGUUUAGAGGCCAUCUUCCAGGGCCUGGAGGCGAGGUUUGCAGAUAAGGAAAAGGCCCGCAAGGCUGCAGACGAGCUGGUUAGUCUUGGCCAGACAAAGUACAGGGGUUCCCUGGCCAAGCUCUAUGCAGAAUUCGAGCGUCUUACCUCUACUCCCGGUUUGGAGAUGUCUGACAGGGACCAACUGACUUGGUUCAUCAGGGCAGUUCUUGAGAAAUAUACCACGGCCCUGUAUUUUGCCGGACACAAAGACUGGCGAUCUUUUGGCAGAGCAGCCUUGGACAUGGAGGCCACACUCCAUGUCCAGUCCACUCCCCAGAAGGGAGGCAACCCCUCUUCCCAGAGUAGGAGGAAGGGAAAGGGGAAUUUGUAUGCCAUGGAGUCUGAUGAUGACUCUGCAGGCACUAGCCAGGGAGGAUCUACUCCCCCAGCUGGCCAGGGUGCAGGAACAUCAGCAGACCAGGCUGCUCAGGUGCUGGCCCAGGCACUGCUAGCCCUCACAGGAGGCAAGCAGUUCCAGGGACAAAAGUCCUCCAGUCCUAAGGGGUCAGGCAAACGCCCCGGUGGUCCGCAACAGCAGAACCUCCCGAAGUUUGCCAAGUGCCCCGCCAAUCCCUUGGACAUUUCCUCUGCUCCUUGGAGGGAUCUAAGAAUCCCAGAGGGCGUAUGGCAAAAGAGGAAGGAAAAAGGGGAAGUGCUGGCUGAACUGAUGGCAGGCCAGAAAGAGACUCUGGCUGCACUACGGGCUCCUCGUCCCAUGAUGAGGCAGCCACAAUAUGCUGUAGUUCCCCCUCUAGGUGCAGGUCCAUCAGUGACGCUGUCGCCGGUAGGGCCUCCAUUCUCACCUAUGUUUGGCAUGCCCCCUCCAGGUGGUUUGGUAGCAACUAGUGGUCCGGUUCAUAGAGUCUCGGUCGUACCAUCCACGACAAUGGUCACUACAGUCCCACUGUCAAGCCAGUCCCAGGUUAGUGUGCAACAGCCUGUUUCAGUGGCUAUGCAGCCGCUGCAGCAAGCCCCAAGGCCCAUGCAGCCUAUGCAACCGAUGCAGUGGAUGCCCAAAAUACCCUUGCUGAGUCCUAAGCCCUUCUCCGACGACAGAAAGAAGGAUGAGGACUUGGAUACCUGGGUAAGGACGGUGCUUACCUAUGUGAGGCACAAACUUACCAGGCCAGAGCAAGAAGUUGUUGUGGCUGCCUCCUUUCUAGAGGGGUCAGCAGCCCGCUGGUUGAAUGGCCUAGUGCAGCAGCAGGGCUACGGUCAGGAUUUCGAUGCCUGGGCCCAGGCCCAGACAUUGGAACAGUUCGUACGGACCGUCUACAACAGGUGGCAUGACCCACAAGGGGCUCAAAAGGCCACCGAUGCUAUCAACAGUCUUUGUGCCAUAAGGUACAAGAAUGUUAGAGAGUUGACGGAUACCGAGAACGUCUGCUCGUGGUUCCUGGCAUGCGCUAUGACCAGCAGGUACUCCUUACGGAUUACCUUAGAUGUCUGCCUUCAAAGGCAAAACGGUCACGACGCGGGUAGCCUCACCAACGGUGGUGGGACUUUAUUUGAACUCUCGCGGUGCUUCUACGAGCACUUCGUAGGGAAACACCUCGGGCCAGUAGGAGUUUUAGCCGCUCUUACUCGCGCUGAAGUGGUAACGUUGCCUUCCCCACUUCAGGCGUUGGCCAAGGCUAGUGACCCAAGUAUCGCCCCGCAGACACAUUUAGACCCACCGACGCUCUGUUCGAGAGAUGUGUCUGAGGCCCUAGAAGAGUUAGGGACUGAGUGGUCAGGGAAGGACCCCAGGGACUCUUGGGCGAUGAUCAGUCGAGGUCCAAAGGGUGAACAUUUUGUGGUAGAGGUUGAUGUAGGUGGCCGUAAGGUUGGCGCCUUUGCAGACAUAGGCUCUACACGGAACUUCAUCAGUCGUGCUUGUGUGGAUAGAUUGCGCUUAGGGGACCAAGUGCAGCGGCUUAGCAGAACUGUAGCUUCUACGCUGGCCAACAAGCACCAAAUGUUGGUAAAAGACUAUGUCAAGGACGUAGUCUGCACCUUCUCCUAUGGAGGAGGGGAAGUGAGCCAUAAGAUCUCCUUCCUGGUUAGCGACGAACUGCCCUUUGAUAUGCUCUUAGGCAUGUACUACCUCGAGGUCGGGCAACCUCAGUUUGAUUGGGAUAGAAAGGUGUUGAUCCACAAAUUGCCCAAUGGUAGAACUGUUAGAUUGGAGAAGUACAAAGCUAGCAGUCUGAUAGAAAAUUACGGGUGCAUGUGUGCAUCAUCUUUCUAUAACUACUAUAAGCAGAACCGCGAGGAGGGCAUGUACUUAGUAUUUGUCUCUGAGGAAGGGGAGGCCGUAAAAACACCCCCAGAGAUAGAAUCAGUCGCCGCUCAAUAUUCAGACCUUUUUGAGGAGCACACAGGCGUGGUAGAAAGGGAUGUUGUCCAUGCAAUAGAGGUUGUCCUAGGUAGUAAGGUGCCUACAGGACGAAUCUAUAGGAUGUCUCCUGUGGAGUUAGAUGAGCUUCGCCGCCAGCUCAAGGAGCUCACAGAGAAGGGAUGGAUUUGGCCUAGUACCUCCCCUUACGGCGCUCCAGUCCUAUUCGUGCCGAAGAAGGGAGGUACCUUGAGGAUGUGCAUUGACUAUAGGAGCCUCAAUGCCAUCACCAUUAAGAACGCGUAGCCCCCACCCCGCAUCGACGACCUCUUGGAUAAAGUGCAGGGAUGCCG